AUGGGUUUGAUUGGGGAUGCCCGCAAGGUGUUUGAUGAAAUGACUUGCAAGCCUAAUUUGGUUACUUACAAUACCGUUGUUAAUGGGCUUUUCAAGAAGGGUUUGACGGAGGAUGGACGAAGAAUUAUUGAUCACAUGAUUGCGAGUAAGGAGUGUUUUCCUGAUACCGUAACGUAUACUACUUUAAUUGAUGGGCAUUGUAAGAAUGGUGAAUUGGAAUUGGCAAAAGAGUGUAUAGAUGAGAUGGUGACUCGAAAAUUCGAAUCAAAUGUCUUAACCUACAAUGCCAUAAUUAAUGGGUUGUGUUUGAGUGGGAACAUUGAUGAAGCAAAGAGGAUGAUGACAAAGAUGAGACUGAAUGGUUUUCGGGAUGAUGUUUCGACAUACACAAAGUCUACACAACUUGGUAGAGCUGUUCUUAUUCUGAACCAGAUGUCGGAAAUGGGUUGCUCUCCAAAUUUCUUAUCAUAUAGUAUAGUGAUAUGUAGCCUUUGCAACAUUAGAGGCAUAAUAAAUCAAGCUGAAGUGCUUGUCACAUACAUGCUUCGGGAUGGUCACAACUUGGAUGCCUCCAUUUAUAGCUGCUUAGUUAAAGGAUAUUGUGAGGAUGGAAAUGAUGAAAUGGGAAUGCAGUUUUUUUUGCGAAAUGGUGGAUAG